UUACGACAGCAACAAGCGAACUGUCGGAGAAGCAACUAUAAAACCCAACAACAAGUCUACAACAACCGAACGAAAUGUGGCCGACACACACGCAAACGCACGUCACAACUUUGUUGCAGCUCUUAAUACAAAGAUACUUCGCACAAUUCUCCUCGGUGCUGAUUGUCCAUGAUGGGCGCGUUGACGCAGCCAGCGCCUUGCAGCGGGAAUACCUCGAGGCGGUGCACCUGGCGUUCCGCAAUCUGUCCCAGCAGGGACGCCUAAUUGGACUGCAAUGGAUUGAUGUCAGUCAACUGGAUGGCGGUGGCAGAGGCAGCUGCCGCAGCAGCAAUUGCGGAGACAGUUACAACAACAGUUGCGCUGACAACUUGGCCUACAACGAUGAGUUGGAGCUGUGUGUGCUGCGCGCUGUUGGCAUUGUAACCGAGGGUUUCAUCACCAUUCUUUCGGACACAGUGCGUUUCCUGCACGCUCGGUACUUUGCCACACGCAACGCGGAGUUACGCCUCAAGGAUAAAUUUUAUCUAUUUUUUUGUGAGCAUGAACGCCCCGAAGAGUUGCUAUCAACCGAGAUACUGCAGUUUUACCCACACCACCUUAUGGUGACACCGGAAACGCUCACGGCACAACAAAGCGACAACCCACAAGCAACAUUUAAACUAACUAAACCAACAACUUCAACAAUGUCGUUAUCCACACUCGCCACGGCAUCUCCAAGCGCGCACCGCGACAUCAACAUCCAACUGUGGACACAAAAGUUUGUCGGCGCCAGCGGCAAUUUGGAAGCGCUGCUGCUGGACGCAUUCUUGCCGAACGAAACUUUCGCCCGAAACGUCGAACUUUAUCCAAAUAAAGUUAACAACCUGCGAGGGCGCACAAUCCGUGUCGGCUCCAUUACAUACAUACCAUAUGUGGUGGCUAAUUAUGUGCCGGCUGGUAUAGGCGAUGUUGACGCGUUAAAUUCCAGUGAUUACAGUCGUACUAUCUCCUUUUUGGGUUCGGAAGCAGAGCUUAUGAAAUCUUUCUGUGAAGUGCGCAAUUGUCAUAUACGCUUGGAACCUUACGGUGCUGAUAACUGGGGAUAUAUUUAUGAGAACGAGAGCGCGACCGGUAUGUUGGGUGAUGUGUACACACAAAAUGUCGAAAUCGCCGUUGGCUGCAUUUACAACUGGUACAACAACAUCACAGAAACUUCCAACAUCAUUGCACGAUCAUCUGUAGCGAUUUUGGGACCAGCGCCAGCACAAUUUCCCGCUUGGCGUGCCAACAUAAUGCCUUUCAGUAACGCCCUCUGGAUUUUCUUAAUACUGACGAUUCUUCUUUGUGCCGCCGUUAUGUAUUUUAUUCGUUUUGUAGCCUCUCUGCUGGAAAAAUGGCAUAGGGGGGUACAAUGUGAUUUUCAACAUAUAUCAGCAUUUGGACAAGCGACACUGGAUAUGUUCGCGGUUUUCAUACAACAGCCAUCCGGGCCGACAAGUCUAAACACAUUUGCCGCCCGUUUCUUUCUGGCGAUGAUACUCUGUGCCACUAUUACCUUGGAGAACACCUAUAGCGGGCAAUUGAAAUCCAUACUAACUGUACCGCUAUUCACCGAAGCUGUUGAUACUAUGGAAAAAUGGUCGAAAACCGACUGGACUUGGUCGGCGCCAUCCAUUGUAUGGAUCCAAACUAUAGACAGCUCAAAUAUCGAGAAAGAGCAAAUAAUGUCAGAGAAAUUCGAAGUGCGCGACUAUGAUUUUCUAUACAAUGCCAGCUUUCGUUCAGACUACGGACUGGGUAUCGAACGUCUUAUGAGUGGGUCUUUUUCUUUUGGUGAUUAUGUAACAGCGCCUGCUUUAGAAACAAAAAUAGUAUCAAAAGAUGAUUUAUACUUUGAUUGGACCCGUGCGGUAUCCAUAAGGGGUUGGCCACUGAUGCCGCUCUUUGACAAACAUAUACGCGCGUGCGUUGAAACGGGACUUUUCGUACAUUGGGAAAGAAAGUGGCUGCCACUAAAGCAACAAUUGAUCUACUGCUCCGUAGAACAGCCUCCUUCAGAAGGGAGAUUAUUAAUUUGGACAGUAAGAUGGUGAUACUAGCCAUGAGCUCGUCGAUCGUACUAGUACACUUCUUUCUUGUCCCGCCAUUGCCAGAAUAAGGUAUUCAGAUAUUGAUGCAAAUCGUUUCAGUAAGUUAUUGGUAUACUUUUCUCCGUGCGAAUAUUUACUUUUGUCGCUUCGAAGGAAACUAAACAUGGUAUUGUUUAAGGUUUCAUAUGAAAGCAUCAGUACAAACUUAUAUGGGUUCUUGAGACCGACAAAUUUCCUAUCACUCAAUUCUUCAUCGACAGUAACAUUAACAGUUAGAUUACUUAGAUUAUCUCUUUAAAGAUGCUCACAAAAAACAGGAACAGUUUAUAAGGACAUAUUCGGGUCAAAUUCGAACUUGUGUAUAAAAAAUUGUUUUAUGCUUACAAAUAUGUUUUUAACCAGAAAAAUAUAUUGCUUAUUUCAA